UUUAUCAGCUGAGGGCUUACGAAUUGCCUUCCAAUGCCAUUUCAGACAUUUUAAAGAGGAGUCAAGCGAGUUUUGUUUAUAUUUAGUUUUGAGCAGAAUGAGGUUCCGAACUCCGCACUCCAUUUCACAAGGUGACGGUAAUGCGCCUCAUGUUGUUUGCCAAAGGCCAUAAAACAAGUAGAAGAAGAAAAAAACAUGGCGCCGGCCGUAAACAAAGCAAUCGGGGCUAGCAAAUCUUGGCGGAAUGAAGUCAUUAGUCGUAUGUUUAUCCUUUUCCCCCCCUGUGAUUUGACUUUUAUUCUAAAUGCGUUCAUGUUUUUGAUGUUAUUUAUAUUUUGUACACUUUGACUAAGUAUUAAUAAUUCGGCGUUCGUUUUUUUAUGGUCAACUCGCUAUUCAAUUUGAAUUACCACCGAUGCGAUUAUUAUUGCUAUUAGUAGUAGUAGGAGUAUUAUCAGUAUUAUUAUAGUAUUAUAUUUUAGUCCUGGCACUUUUUUUGUCCCGCUAUUCUUUCGAAAAAGUUAUGCCCCAUCCAUUUUCAAUGGCAUACUCAACAUUUACAUCGCUCCUAUUUGAAAUUUACUUUUAAGAAAAUUCAGCGCCAUUUUCUUUUUUUUUUUUUUUUUAAAUUGUUGUUAUGGUAAAGAGAGGCCAGCAAAAUCACCAACUUCACCUAAAGGACAUUGCAAGCCAAAUUUUGAAAACGAUCGAAUUGGUGCGUCACUUCUGCUGUUCCCGUCUUGGCCACCUGAGGGCAGCCUAAGACAGACUGAAUAGCUGUCCACAGAGGCUUAGCUCGUGACCGAGAAUAUGACGGUGGGAUGCUCCUGGUGAGACGAUGACGUAAGCCGUGACGUCACCAGAGCUCCCCCAUUCUCCUCCCAUGCCUCCCCUCCUCCUCCUUCUUCCAUCCGGCGGCAUCGCCAAGCUCUCAGGCCGACAGGAGUGCACCGAAGGCGGCCGCCAUCGUGUCCGUGCUGUCAACUGUUGAUUACUGGCCGACGUCAAUGACUCUUGGAAGGUUUAUGAACAAGCGUGUUCCUUCUAACAAGAGAUACCAGCCCACGGACUACGAGCACGCAGCCAACUGCGCCACGCAUGCGUUAUGGAUCAUUCCGAGCUUGCUGGGCAGCUCGCUGCUGCACUUGCAGUCGGAGGACCAAUGGGAGCGCGUGUCGGCCUGGGUCUACGGAGCCGGACUCAGUUCGCUCUUCACGGUCUCAACGCUCUUCCACACCGUGGCCUGGAAGAAGAGCCACCUUCGGGACGUGGAGCAGUGUUUCCACAUGUGUGACAGGAUGGUCAUCUACCUGUUCAUCGCGGCCUCCUACGCCCCCUGGCUGAACCUGAGGGAGCUUGGACCUUGGGCGAGCCACAUGCGCUGGCUGGUGUGGGUGAUGGCGCUGUCAGGGACCACCUACGUCUUCUUCUUCCACGAGAGGUACAAGAUCGUGGAGCUGAUCUGCUACACGGUGAUGGGCCUCUUCCCUGCCUUGGUCAUCCUCUCCAUGCCGGAGCAGGCGGGCCUGCGCGAGCUGCUGCUGGGCGGCGCCCUCUACUGCCUGGGCAUGGUGUUCUUCAAGAGCGACGGCAUCGUGCCCUUUGCCCACGCCAUCUGGCAUCUCUUUGUGGCCAUGGGCGCCGCCGUGCACUAUUACGCCAUCUGGAAGUACCUCUACGCCCAGCCCGCCAACCCCGUGCGCACCUCCAGAUGACGGA